AUGGUGCAUGGAACUCAGGCAACCCACGCCGCAGCGAGGGCUGCUGCACCAACAAACACGUCGCGACCAAAUUUCUCUCGAACACGCCGUUCCCGCGCAUCAGGAUCCUUCCACGCCGGAGCGCCGUUCCCGAUACCGUCCCCGUACGAUGAACCCGUCCCUGCCAGUAAUCGGACGCGAAGACGUUCCGCUGUUCGCCAAUUGCUCCGUCGCCAGUCGACGGCCAAAUACCACACUUUCCCCACCCCACCACCAGACGCCCCUUCGGACGACCAGCGGUCACCCCAAGAACCCAAGGCCUGGUACAAACGUCUUUUCCGGCCCUUUAAUCACGCAUCCAACCCCGAGCAAGACUCGGCCGAUGGCUUACCACGCAACGCGCCGGGCGCCGACGAGGACGGUCACCGAGAUCGGAGGAGGCAAUUAGCGGAUUCGGACACUUAUUCUGCCGACGAAGAUAUCACUCCAUUGCCCUGGGAACAAUUGGGCCUUCUUGCGCUUCUCUCGCUCGCGGAACAAACCGCGCUGAACUCGAUUGGCCCAUACCUGCCAACCAUGGUGGCCUCUUUCGACGAGAUCCCCGGACGGGUCAUGAGGGUUUAUACGUCGGCCUCCUCGCAUCGGCCUUUGCCCUGGCAACAGGCUGGCCACCAAUUGCUCUGGGGCUAUCUGUCGGACCGCCGUGGAACGCAAGCCGACCAUGCUGCUAGUCUUGGGAGCAUCACGGGCCCCGCCCUGGGUGGUUUAUUGGUUGGGCUUUCCAGGAAGGACAAAUACCCAUUUCUGGCGCCCAACAUUGUGGAUGCCGCCCUUCUACUUUCCAGCGUGGUGGUGUUAGCUAUUUGGUUCGAUGAGACUCUCGGUUCCGCUGACCGCGCCGCGGCUGGCCCGGGCUUAGGCUGGUUCAAAAGGGUACGAGAGUGGUGCUCAGCGCGCUGGGGCACGGCGCCAAGCAAUUUUAGAGGCGAAGGCAGACAGUUGUCAGGCCCUAUGCGCACCGCGCUGGGCGGCCUGGACACGCACCCGGAUUGUGAGGACGAAGUUUUUGGCUCCGAAGACGAACAGCAAGAGCUACUCUCGCCCCAAGGCAGUCAGCACGCAGACGGCGACAGCAAGGGCGCCGAGGGUCAGGAAUCGGCCUUCCGUGAACUACGCAACCGCAACACACUGGCCGUCUUGGGGACCUAUCUUGUCUUCCAGCUCGCCAACAUCUCCUUCAAUUCCCUGUACCCCAUAUUCGCUUCCUCCCCACCGCCCACAGGCCGCCAACUUGGACCCGGUAUCAUCGGAGUCAGCCUCUCGUUGGCAGGCUUGGCCACUAUUUUUUUCCAACUCUUUGCUUUUCAAAAACUCAAGACACGGAUCGGAAACCUCGGCACCUACCGCUAUUCAUUGCUUGGCAUGGCCAUUAGCAUGGCGCUCAUGCCCUGGGUCAACCAUCUUGAUGAUGAGCCAAUACUUGGACUAGGGACUGGCAAGACCUGGUUGUAUGGCGAGUUGGGGGUCAUUCUGGUACUCAAGAACAUCUGCGCCGUUGGUGGGCUCAGCAGCGUUAUGUUGUUGACCCACCUUUCCCGACGGGGCGAUUGGCUGACGGCACUUGGUGAGCGGCCCGAAUCAGACCGCAUGCAAAAGCGCCGGUCCGGCGGCACCUCGUCAAUUGCGCCAGCUUCUGGCAACUUUUCAGCUCAUUUCCAGCAGAUGGCGGGCGUGGGAGCUGCAGACGCGCCCGGUAGAAGUGGCGAUAGUGGCAACCGCGGCAACGGGGCUGGCGACACCAUUGCUGGCCCCAGCACCAUGAUUUGCUUUAGAUGCAAUACCCGAAGGCCUGUUAGCAUGUUCUACGCUCAGCUACGGGCAAAGCCUUCUUCGUCUUCGUCACCGUCUCUCUCCCAGCUUGAUUCAUCGCGCCCCGCUCCCACGACACCGGGAGCCGGUGGCCCGCCGCUCGUCACACCGGAGGUGCGGCAGGGUCACUCUAGUGGGAGCUUCUUGCCGUCGGGCCGGUCAUCGGUCCACUCGUCUCAAUAUGACGGUGACGACGUCCCCAACAACUUCUCCUCAAGCCAGCUUCCCUCCAGCCUCAUCCCCGCCUCCCAGUUGCCUCCACGCCCUGCGAGAGGACGCCCGCUUUCAGUGCGGCCUAUACCUGCUCGCGAUCUCACAGCACCCGAUCCUCCAUUUGAGCCGGGGGUGACGCCGCUGGAUACAAUUGCGGUAACUUCGGAGGAUGCCCGGCUUAUCAAAUCCUUUCACCAGCAGCUUACGGACGACAAGAUGGAGCUUUGCGGCCGGUGUCAGCACCGCUGGUUUGACAUGAAGCUACGGGACUUUAAUGGUGUUGCUGUCUGCCACACGUGCCAGCGUCGCGACUUCCCCUACCUCCGUGAGCAAGCCGACCAGCCUCCCCUUCCCUAUUUCUACUCAGCCGCCAACAAUCUUGACUUCGGAGACGUCCCUCCUCAGCUGGCAAGACUAGGUGAGCUCACCCCGGUUGAGGAAAUGCUUAUCGCGCGCGUCCAUGUCCAUAUUCAGGUCCUGACGGUGCGCGGUGCGCAAUACAAGUAUCGCGGUCACGUCGUGCAUUUCUUGCGGGACGUGGGCAAGGUCUAUGGCCAGCUACCAUGCCUUGCGCGGGAUCUUGACGUUAUCAUCUUACGGCCUGCCAACACCGCAAACCACCCGCAUCUCCAGCGCCAGUUCCGCCGUCAAUUUGUUGUGCGCCGCAAGGUCGUCACCGCGUGGCUGCUUUUCUUGCGCGCCCACCACCCCGGCUAUCGAGAUAUUGAGGUGGACCAAGCUGCCUUGCAAGCCCUCCCGGAGCGCGGCGAUCUCAUGGACCAGCUUCCCAUCCAUGAAGUUGAGGAUGCUGCUGUCAGCCUCGAGGAUGCUGUUGAAGAUGUUGACUUUGAUGACCAGGAGGCGGCUGCUGUACCGAAUAUGGUCGUCAGCGAGCGAGAACUUGAUAUGUUGCGCGCUGAGCUUGCUGGUGAGCCUCAUGUCCACAAUCCCAUGGAAUUUCAACCCCGGCGGCAAUCUCCACCUCCAGAUGAAGCACCACCAGCUCAGGACCAUAUCGUCGUCCCCGAGAUUCGCAGCACUCCCCUCAGCGAAUUCAAUCGCUCCCAAGCUCUUCUCUCUCUUGCCUUCCCCUCACUUUACCCGGAAGGAAAAGCUGAAUUUGUGCUCCCGCGGCAGCGCAGUAUCGAAUAUGGCGACUAUCUACAGCAUGCACUGAAAUGGCGCGACGGGCGCUUCGCGCGCCACCCCCGAUUUCGCUUCGUCGCCUUCAAUACUCGGAUGAGGCGUCAGAUCAGCGCCAGAAGCGCGUUUUUCGUGAAGCGUCAUGAGCAGCUCAACCCCGAGCCAGUCAAUAUCGACACUUUGAAGGAGGCGCUCCGCAAUGAGACCCCUGACGGCAAACGGCUUCUUGACUCCAUCGUGCGAUGGACGGGCAGUAUCCGCGGCACCAAAGCUUACUGGGGUGUCAAGCUUCAGGAGCUGCUCGCCAUGGCCUUCGCGCUCAAAUGCCCCAGUGCUUUCAUUACUUUCAGUGCUGCAGAUAACCACUGGCAAAGCCUUCAUCAACACAUGCCGCGCUUUGAGGAGUGGCUGGCUGCUGAAGAGCUCCAGCGGAUGCGCAUCUCUGUCGCCAAUUUGCGCGAUAAUCCCCAUAUCGCAGCCUACCACUUUCACCGCCGCCUGCAACUGUUCACCACGCUCGUCAUGAAGCAGAAGUUCAAUCUCACUGAACUAUGGCAACGGUACGAGUGGCAGGGCCGUGGCAGUCCCCACAGCCAUGGCCUAUACUGGUUCCUUGAAGCACCGCUCCCUGAGGUGACUUCAGAGGCAGCCCGCCAGCAGUUCGCUGAGUUUUGGGGCAUUCACGUCCACGCCGUCAACCCGGAGGCUGGGCGGCAGAUGCCGCCGGGCGAAAGCAACCCGCUACGCGCCAUUCCCACUGUUGACAGUGAGCUAAGCUUCGCUCAGCUGUCCAAGGUUGUCAACCGCGUCCAGCGUCACCACUGCAACACCUCAUACUGCUUACGGAAGAAGAAGACUCCCCGGCAACCCCUGGAUGCGUCUCCAGCACCAGCGCCUCAGAGUGAGCUCGCCUGCCGCUUCUAUUUCCCACGGCCGGAGCACCAAGAAGCCAUCAUGAUGAAUAAGAUAGCCGCGGAGCGAGAUUACCCAGCCCAGGAGAUCGCUCACCAUCUCCUUGAGCUUCAACUCGUCCACUGCAGCCGUCAGAUUCUCAAGGUGGACUGCCGAAGCCCUGAGGCGCAACGUCAGUACAUCAUCCAUGACGAGACGGUCCAGGAGACGCUCUCCAUUUACACUAAAUAUCUGGGCCGAGAGGACACCGAGGAUUGGGGUGGGAUCAGCUACUUCCAAUUCCUGACGAAGGUGAACUUCUCCAAGAAGCCAUGGCGGCACUGGCAAGCACCAGCAAAAGACCGGGUGCUGCGGUACUUUCCCAAAUACAAGCAAGAAACUCAAAGAGACGACUUUUGCCGUAUGAAGCUGACGUUGCACCACCCCCACCGUCACCACGACGAGCUCAAGAUUGUAGAUGGUGUCCCGUUUGCUAGCUACUCUGCCGCCUACCGCUACUGCUUGGAGAACCACAGCCACGAAGACGACUAUUACGGCGUCAUGGCUGACGGUCACGAAGAGGAGUUUCAGGAGGCGUCAGAUGAGGACGAGGAGCCACCAGACGCGGCCAAUCCCAUCCCCUGGGACGAGUUGGCGCGUGAGCUCCCGCGACGGGGUCCGGAGACGGAGGAUAUCGAACUCCUGGGCAACCGUCCGCAGGAUCUUACAAAAGAUUGGGGCAGCCACGUUGGCACCCGCCCAUACUGGCUCAGCAACCAGCUUUGGAAGGAGACCAAGCUCGCCCAUCCCCUUGGCUUUGACGUCGGUGACUUCCCUGACGGUGCGGAGGACACCUUGAGCCCCCACCAGCGCCUCAUCUACGACAUGGUGAUGACCCACGACCAGCAGACUGUUGAUGGUUUGCACCCUCCACCGCUCAGGCUCAAUAUUGACGGCAGAGGCGGCUCAGGCAAGUCUUACGCUAUCAAGCUAAUAUCCGCUCAUCUGUACAAGCGGGCGGUGCAGCAAGCGCGCCCUGAUGCUGAGAAUAUCGUCAUUCGGUCAGCACCAACGGGCGUAGCUGCCAACGGGAUCCAGGGGACCACGCUUCACUCACUGCUCCGCCUCCCCGUCGGUAUCGUCGCCUUCGAGCCACUGAGCCCUCCAGACGUGGCUGCCGCGCAAGCUCGCCUCCAGUCGCUCAAAUAUCUCGUCAUUGACGAGAAAUCUAUGAUCUCGCUGAAGACGAUGGGCUUCAUCGAUAACCGCCUGCGUCAGAUCUUCCCCCGCAGCAAUGAGCCAUUCGGGGGGGUCAGUAUUCUGCUGAUGGGCGACUUCUAUCAGCUCCCCCCCGUCAGGGGCAAGCCACUGUACUCCCCGGCUCAGCUAGUUGAGCCGCUAGAGAUUACCGGCCGCAAUGCUUACCAGGCGCUGAAUCAGACCAUUGAACUCACCGUCGCCCAGCGUCAGCGAGGUGCGGAUCAGGAGGCUUUUCGGGCCGCCCUAGAAGGCCUCAGAAACAACCAGCCAACGCAAGUCACCAACUACAACCUCGACCACAUGGUCGCCCUCCAGCAGCCUUGCCGCCAAGUCGUCGCCAAGCACACAGGGCUGGGAGCCGAGACAGUGCCCGCCUCCGAUGCUGGGAAUCUCCACUACAAGCUUCCCCUUUGCAUUGGUGCGAGGGUGAUGUUGACGGAGAAUAUCUGGACGCCCGCGGGCCUCGUCAACGGAGCAUUGGGGACCGUCCGCGAUAUUGCCUGGGCAGCAGGCGUAGACUGGAGACAAGAAGCCCCCAACAUCGUCGCCGUUGAGUUUGACAGCUACGAGGGCCCGCCGAUGUGUCCCGCUGGCUUCUCUGUUGAGGGGGCGCCUCAGGGGGUGAACUACGCCAACGUCGUCCCCAUAUUUCAAUCACUACGCGAAUUCCCCAAAGGCCGCAUUGUCUGCACCCGCAAGCAGUUUCCUUUGACCAUCGCCUACGCCAUCACCGUCCACAAGUCGCAGGGGAUGACCGUAGAGAAGGCGGUUGUGGAUAUCUCGGAGCGGGACUUCCAGCCGGGGCUUUCGUCGCCCCAGCGGCCAUAUUUCAACCUGACACCCCCAACGUCGUCUCAGCGCCAUAGCGACAGCACCGGUACUGCCAGUCAAUCGCCUACAGCUCCCAGCGACCGCCCGGAACACUUGCUCCGUGUUCUGCCAUCUCUCACCGCAUAA